UAGUGUGUGCUCUGGAUCGAGCUCCCUGUCAGUCUGCACAUGUCACAGACCGAGCACCACCUUGUUUUGGAACCAAACCUCACCACCUUCAUUCGAGAGCUUCGGAUCAGGACCUCCCCCAAUCAUCACCGGACCGCCAACCUUCCCCGAGACGAGACGACACUAAAACCUACGCUUCCUACUCGGCCCACACCCCCGGUCGUUAACCCGCUGAAUAUCGGAUCUACGAACGAGCCGUUCCGCCCACACCACACCCUCCCCCCGUCCGUUUGUCGGCGUCCUAGUAGUCGCGUCCCGACGUCUUGCAAUGCCGCGAAGGGGGCCACCGACCUCGGGCUACGAGCGGAUCGCGCAAGAUGCGGAGCUGUCGGAUUCGGACGACGAUGAGUCGAGCUCCCUUGUGGCUCAACACCAGGCGGCCGGACGGUACGUUCCGAUCCAGCCGCGUUCGUCGUCCACCCUCCUCCCUGCCCUGAGCAGCUCCAUGCCCAGUUCCGGCCAUCACCACCACCAUCGGAAUAACUCUACUGUCGACAUCAAGGUGAUCAAUGCGCGGCUGGAGAAGUGGGCCGACCAGAUUGCAAACAAGUUCAAGUUCAAGAAGGAUCGUGGCCCUCAUGAGCAUCCGCCCCUCGAGAUCUUGCACUCGGUCUUUGUACCCCCCGAGGGCUUUCGUGAUAUUCCUUUCGACAGUAGCCACCACGACCACCAGCCGUCGGACGUGACUGAGGAUGCGCAGCUUGCGCGGGAACAGUUCGAGCAGGCUGUGGAAUCCGUCAGGACCGCCAUCAGCAAGGGGAUAGAUCCAAAGCUCAUCAAACAGGGCUCAUCUGGCAGCUAUUUCAUGCGCGACAGUGACGGUAGGAUAGUAGCUGUCUUCAAGCCCAAGGACGAGGAACCGUACGGAAAGUUGAAUCCAAAGAUGAUGAAGUGGUUACAUCGCACGCUUUUUCCGUGUUUCUUCGGUAGAUCUUGCUUGAUACCCAAUUUGAGUUAUAUCUCCGAAGCCGCCGCGUGUCUCCUCGACAGGCAGCUCAAGACAUAUCUCGUGCCGUACACAGACAUUGUACAUCUGUCGAGUAAGGCAUUUCACUACGAUUACUGGGACCGGAGGGCGUUCUACAGGAGACAUAAGCCGUUGCCUCCGAAGGUCGGCAGUUUUCAGGUAUUCUUGCAGGGUUUUCAAGAUGCAAACAUAUUCCUGAGGAAGCAUCCGUGGCCCGAUCCAUACAACACUGGCUUCCGAACCGAUGCCGCACCAAAGAGGCGGGCACCUUGGAAUUAUGCGUGCAGGCCCAGUGGGGAUGAGGAAAACGAUGGUGCCGAUGACGAUGACGGCGCAUCGUGGGCACCCGAAAAUGGAAGCGCGAAUCGCAGAUUCGUGUGGACCGAACAGCUGAAGCAGAAUUUCCGUGAGGAGCUAGAGAAGCUGGUGAUUUUGGAUUACAUCAUGAGAAACACCGACAGGGGCUUGGAUAACUGGAUGAUCAAGAUCGAUUAUGAAACCGGGGAUGUGUCGGUAACGUCUGGGCCGGUGAAUUUGAAUCUCGCUGCGCCGGCACCUACGCCGUUUGCGAGGCCUGCUUCCACCGACCCCAAUACGAUGCGCACGGCAUCGCCUAUGCCGUAUCGCGUACAGGAGCCGAUGAUGGCGUCACGAUCUUCCACGCCGCAGCCGGCCAAUGCCAAUGUUCGACUUGGUGCGAUUGACAACUCCCUGGCAUUUCCGUGGAAGCACCCGGAUCAAUGGCGGAGUUUUCCAUUUGGAUGGCUGUUCCUCCCGGUGUCACUCAUCGGCCAGCCGUUCUCGCAGAAAACCAGAGAUCACUUCAUACCGUUGCUCACGUCAACAAAAUGGUGGUCGGAAACACAGACGCUCUUGCGGAAACUGUUCGAGCAGGAUGCCGAUUUCAAAGAGAGGAUGUUUCAGAAACAGCUGGCGGUGCUGAAGGGACAGGCGUUCAAUGUGGUUGAAACCCUCAAGGCGAUGGAUCAAGGUCCGCUGGAGCUGACACGGCGUGCGAGAAUGCAUGUUUGGGACGACGAGAUGGAGGUACCCAUAGCCGUGCCACUGCGGAUGCCAUCCUCGGAGGAGCGACGGCGCAACGAGUUGGAUCUGGAGAGAGGUCUCGACGAGGACGAGAUGGACAUCGGCAACGUCGUCUCGUCUGCGCCAACAUCUCGCGAGCACGAUCUGCUCGGUCUCUCAAUGUCACCGCGAUCGCAGCUGCCCAGUGCCUUACGCCUUGGCAUAUCGCGCGCCCAGUCGUCCCUCGACAUGGAGCGCGGCGACGACGGACAAGUAGAUUCUGAAGCAUCCUCGCUCCACGGUCACAGCAAUGGUAAUGGCAAUGGUAUUCGCUCAGGCGCCCAGAGCACAAAAUCGGAGCCACACGGAUACCCACGUCCGAACCACCGCAGCCGUGUCAGCUACGAUUCGGGGAUGGUUACCCGGGGAGGGCGCGUCGGGAAAGCGUGGGAUGUAGGCCGCCCCGCGAGACGGGGAUCACACACUUUUGGCUUUCCAACAAAUCUCUACAACGACGAUGAUGUGGAGGGGGAUCUGGGGUACUCGGCGGUUACGGGGAGUGAGGGUGCACGGAGACGGGUGAUUGCGGAGAGAUUGGAGGCGGUCAAGAGUCGGAAUCCAGUUUUUACUUGGUGUUAGAAAUGAAGUUUUGGUUCUGUCAGCGGUAGGGGAGUGUUUGGUAUCAUAUCUGGGGCGUACACAGGGAGGGGGGGAAAUAUCUACAAAUAUUCUGACUUUUUAUCUUUCUUUUCUUUCUUAUUUUUCUCCGAUGAAAAUAUAACUUUGUUUUGUGCACCGCCACAGUAGCACAAGCCACGUCCAG